UGGAGUCGCUGAGUGCACAAGACACUGGCUGUGAAAUGCUUGUGGAUACCCGCAUGCUGGAACGUGGCGGAGUAAUACGUAUUAUUAAGCGAUAUUACAGGCGUAAGUGGCAGGCGCGUGCCUUGAUGAUCGUUGUUGCGAUUCUUUCGCUCUGUUGCGUGGGACUGAUUUUCGCCUUAGUUUUUCACUCACACUUUAAGCAUCUACCUGACGCUGUGAGAAAGGAAAAUGGGGAAUCUGUCGCCUUGAAGCAAAAUGGUGAACACUCAGAACAAGCGCUCAGCAAUUCACUCGCGCGUCAUCCAAAUAAGCCCCUUGUAUCAGCAUAUCGAACAGUGCAAAACUGCAAUGACUUGGCAAAUAACAGUUUCCUACCCUGGGAUAAGUUUGAAAAUGACCAACUAAUCACUUAUGACAACAAAACACGCAGCCUUAUCAUGCCUCACAGUGGGAUGUACCAUGUCUCUGUGCAAGUGGCGUACAGAUAUCUCGAUGGCUUCCGUUGCGAAGGCACUGCCGUCCUGAGACAAAAGGUGCUCAGGGUGUCAGACAGUUACCCAAGACCUGUAACACUGCUCACGGCUGAGGACACCGUUAACUGCAACCUGGAUUACUGGUCAAAAACUCUGUACACAGGAGCCAUAUUGCAUUUAGACAAAGAGGACAGACUCUCUGUGAACAUCUCUCGUACUGAACUCGUUGACUGCGGUGGGAAACUCCAUACAAAAACAUUCUUUUCACUAUAUCUUGUAUCCAUGGACUAAUGUUGACAUUUCUGUUGUUUUAAUCUAUUUGUAUGAAGCUUGUAUUUAUGUUUUUUGAAGCACUCUAUUGUUGCACUGGAUAAAGUGAUAGGGACUUGUGUCUUUAGGCCCUUUUACCACAACAUCCUACGUACAUUGCCACUAAGGUGAUCUCUUACUGUGUUGUUGUGGCAGUAAAUGUAUGACCUGCCAGGUAAAUUUAAAAUGGAGCAGCUGAUGUCACUUAUUCAUGCUCGUGUAGAAAUACAGUAAGAACACUAAUGGGCCAACACAGUACCAUUUUAAUAGGUGGGUAAGAAAAUUGCACCAAUAUUUUUUUUGUAAUUUUUUUGUAAGCGAGUAGAUGAGGCAAGGCUGACAGACUAGGGUCCAUUCAUUGUUAACAAAUGUAAAAAAAAAUAUGUUGAUAUUUUAAAAUGUGGAGGGUUGACAUCCUUAGGAAUGGUGAUUGUAAAUUUUCCUGGAAACGUAGGAUGUGGUUGGAACACAGAUCAAAAGGCAAGCGACAGAGAAGAAUUAUCCAUGUGAUCUGUACAUUCUGACCAAACAGGUCUGGCUAGCUAAGGAAACAUUCACUCUGACAUGGGGGAGAUCCCCGCACUCUCAGAGCUGUCUCACCCAUUUGAGAAGAAACGCACUUCUCUAAUUCAGUUCUCUUUUUUAAUAAGUAUGCAUUAAAACGUAACUAAUAAUCUGCAAAAUGUUUACAUCACCUUCAUUUAUAAUGCGUCAGCACCAACGUUGAUAUGUUAACAUCAGUGUGGUUAAAUUGCUAUUCACUGUACUUUUCGUACUAAAAAUGCAGAGAGUCUUUGAAGUACUA